AUGUCUGGUUUCCAGAAGUCUCAACAAGCGGUCGUAUUAGAUUGUGAUUCCACCCACUCUCUGCAGGAUGGUGUCUCUUAUUCUACAUACGGCCAGCCUGCUUAUAUGUCAACUCCCCUUGCGCCGUCGCCGAUGGCCGACCAUUUGAGCCAGAUGUCAGACUGUGUCCCCUACAUGGCGAAACCCGACUAUGCAAGCUCGUAUGAAGACGAGCAGUCUCCAAUGAUCAAUGCGGACUCUCACCAGUUGCCUGAAGUCAUUUCGUACUCUCCUCAGAGAGGCACCGAAGGCACACGAGUUUUUGUGCAAAUCCAGUCACCCUACGACCUUCACACUACUCCGUACGCAACACUGUCCAUUGUUUUUGGAACGAAGAAGUGCGAGUGCAACCCACACUUUCUGGGAUUCCAGGAUUCUUCUUUUCAAUAUGCCCUCUCCGUGGAUACUCCGUCCUUCAUGACCACCGGUUGUCCCUCUCUGGCCGUCCCUCUCCAGCUAUCUAUGCGCGGACAGAAUGAAUACCCUGCCACAACAAUUCAAGUGGGAAUUUACACUUAUGAGCAUGCUGGACAGCAGUCACCAUCUGAUGAGAGCCGAAAGAGACGGAUCUCAUCAUCCUUCUCUUCCGAUACCCUUCCCAGGCCAAUCAAGCGAGCAUCGACGAUUCCAGUGCAGGUUAAGGAAGAGCCAUCAGCCUAUGCCCCUCCUUACUCCCCUUACCUGCAGCCACCACCGCCUGUGAAUGGAUACGCUGCCUCAUACCAUACUGACUCGUCACCCCGAAUUGGUGCUGCCCAAUACUCAGCCAUAUCGCCGAACUCACAAACUUCGAUGCGUGCACCGUCUCCCAUGCAGUCUUCGUGGAACUCGUCUUUCCUAUCGGCCAAUCCAGAUCAGAGGGGUAACGGAUAUACAGUUAGUCAUGGUCUUCCCCAGCCAAAGCCAUCGUCCUCAGCGAACCCCCCCCUAAUCCGUACUUCGACCAUACAGCAGCCGGGCAGCAUGGUCCAAACACAGUCGUUCAACCCUUAUGCCAUGUAUCCCUCAAAGGCGAUCUUGAAGCUUAACGGAGACUUGGGCACUAUGACGCAGAGCUGGACCCCUGAGGAACGCGUUGCUCAGCGCCGGCUGGUUCAAUUCACUCGAAUGCAAAGCGGCAGCACUAUCCAUGCUGAUUUCAAGCCCGUGACCCCCGAAGAACGGGUGCCUAACAGUAUUUGCAUUAGUUGCAUCUACUGGGAGGGCAAAGACGAAUGUUUCAUCACGAGUGUAGAUACAAUCUACCUACUUGAAUCACUCGUGGGGGUUCGGUUCACUGUGGAGGAGAAGAAUCGUAUUCGACGGAACCUGGAAGGGUUCAGGCCGCUUACUGUGUCCAAGUCCAAGGCAGACAGUGAGGAUUUCUUCAAAGUUAUCAUGGGAUUUCCUGCACCAAAGCCCAGGAAUAUUGAGAAAGAUGUAAAGGUUUUCCCCUGGAAGAUCCUGGGCCAUGCUCUGAAAAAGAUCAUUGGGAAAUACUCUGCAAGCUACUCAUCCACCGCUGGAGCCCUGCCCACUCCUGUUGGAUCCAACUACCCAAGCACCGGGCCUGCAUCCGACUCGGGAACGGAAGGGUUCAGCGCUCCCUCUCCUCAGUCGAUGUCUGAGGGCACGCCUUCUAGUAGCUACCACCCUACUAUCGCCGCUCCAGUUUACUCCCCUCCGACUGCAACCGAUGGACCAGUUCGAACAAUUUUGCCCGCGGUUAGCCAACCAUACUCAGCAAUGAGCACGCCGUACGCUUACACUGCCGUGUGCCACCAGGGCCAGCUUACACAAAGCGCCCCAGCCCCUCCCACGAGAUCUUGGGAAUUCAACUCACUUGGUGCGCCAUCAAACGUUGACGGAGCAUCCAGCAGCUACCAGUAUAUGCCUCCGAUGACCUAUACUCUACCCGGUCACCACUAG